AUGAAUUCAGCAUUAUCCAUGUUUGGAACGACGGUUGGCCUUUAUGGGAUACCCUGGUGUAAGAAAUCCCUGCUGUUAACUGUCUUAAUGUCAGUUAUUGGAGCUUCCAUGGGAAUCCUAGACACAGGUGGCAAUGUCCUGGCACUGAACACCUGGGGAGCAGAGGCUGGGCCACACAUGCAGGCCUUACACUUCAGUUUUGCUGCCGGUGCGUUUGUGGCUCCGAUCUUGGCUAAAAUGGCCCUGGGAGGCUCUGAAUCUACAGACCUUCCAGUAGCUGGAAAGACAAACCGGUCUGUGGCGAGGUCUGUACCAACAGCAUCAGCUGUAUCAGCUGCGUCCGCACUGAAACACCACUUUGGUACAGAAUUCUUGUGGUCUUACGUUGUGAUAGGGACCUACCUUCUCUUCGUUUCUUUCUUCUUUUUUAUUUUGUAUUCAAAGGGCAGCUCAGCUCGAGACAAAUCAAAGGCCUCUCCGCAGAAAUCCGUGUUUGCCAAAUACCACUAUGCCCUUAUUUUUCUCCUGUGCAUAUUCUUCUGCUGCUACGUGGGAGCGGAGGUCACUUAUGGCUCUUACAUAUUUACUUAUGCAAAGGUCUUUGCCGAGAUGAAAGAAAACGAAGCAGCCGCUUUGAAUUCUGUCUUCUGGGGCGCAUUUGCCGCCUGCCGAGGAGUGGCAAUAUUCUGUGCCGCUUGCUUGUACCCCGGCACCAUGAUCCUGCUGAGCAUCGUCGGCUCCGCGGUCUCCUCCCUGUGCUUGGUCUUCUUUGCGCGGUACGUGGCUGUGCUGUGGGUGGGAACCGCUGUGUACGGAGCAUCCAUGGCUGCCAUCUUUCCCAGCGGCAUUUCCUGGAUAGAACAGUACACGGUCGUGCAAGGAAAAGUAGGGUAUCUUCAGGGAAGGUUCCACCAUGUUCCUGUGGUUAUGUACACCGCCUUGGUGACCUCAGCAAUGACAGUCGUGCUCUUCCCUCUGAUGUACAAGUUGGCCCGCUCUCCCAGUGAGAGCGACUUGAAGGAAAGGAGUGAGAGUGAGGACCGGAAAGCCUUGUUGUCAAACUCGGGGCUUAAUGAGGAUGAAGAGGAGGAGGAGGAUGCAGGAGAGUGGAACGAAGCAGACUUUGAGGUAAUAGAAAUGAAUGACACGCUGAGAAACUCUGUGAUAGAGACCUCCUGGAAGAUACCAGGGGACUCUCCGGCCAAAGCCCCUCUCCAGCCCCAUCUGGACGAUGUGUUGCAUGAUUCUCCAGUGGUUGCUGGUGGCUCCCCUGGGAGAAAAAAUGUGAACGUCGACCGGGAGAAGAAUGAUUAA